AUGUUGGCUUGCCCCGAGGUGGAUGACAUUGAAAAUGGGUUUAACUCGACCUUCGACAGCACGGGCACAUCGGAUUACAUUUUUGGAGAUGAGUCGUAUUCACCAUCCUCGUCUUUGUCUUCCUUGACACCGCAGACGAUGGCAUCAGCCUCUCUGGGGAAAAGCCUUUGUACAAGUUGUGGUUUGGAGAUAGUUGACAAAUACCUACUCAAGGUGAACAACUUGUGUUGGCACGUGAACUGCCUCUCGUGCAGCAUGUGCCAAACUCCUCUAGGAAGACAUGUCAGUUGCUACAUCAAAGACGAGGUGGUUUUCUGCAAACUCGACUACUUCAGGAAGUAUGGAACUCGCUGUGCCCACUGUGGCAGGAACAUGCACUCCAAAGACUGGGUGAGGAGAGCAAAGGGCAACACCUACCACCUGGCCUGCUUCGCCUGCUUCUCCUGCAAGCGCCAGCUCUCCACGGGGGAGGAAUUUGCCCUGGUGGAGGAGAGGGUGCUGUGUCGAAUCCACUACGACUGCAUGCUGGACAACCUGAAACAGGCCAUGGAAAGUGGUGUUACUGUAGAGGGAGCCCCGCCAUCAGAGCAAGAAGGGUCUCAUCCCAAACCAGCUAAGAGGGCUCGCACUAGCUUCACCACAGACCAGUUACAGGUGAUGCAGGCCCAGUUUGCUCAGGACAACAACCCAGAUGCUCAGACCCUCCAGAAGCUGGCAGAGAGGACUGGCCUCAGUCGCAGGGUCAUUCAGGUUUGGUUCCAGAACUGUCGAGCUCGUCAUAAGAAGCAUGUGAGCCCUCAGCACCAUGUGCCAUCUGCAGCGAUGUCGUCACUACAGCAGUCCAGUCUUUCUCCGCCUCUUAUGGAGGAUCUACACUACACAUCCUACAUACCAACAGACACACCCGUGCUUACAGCACUACACACUUACAUGGAUGUGCACUCUCCCUCCUCCCUGGUGUUCCAGCCUCUUUUAUACCAUUCCAUGACACAGCUGCCAAUCAGCCAUGCCUGA